GCAUAGCUUCUCGUUGCGCUACAAUUUUCAAUAAUGUGUUUGAAUAUAAACAGUAGGACACAUUAAAUUCUGAUUGUUUUUAUUAAUUUAAUUAAUCAUAAAUUCUAAAUAUGUGUAUGAUAUGUGAGAAAUGUGAAACUCCAAGUGUACAAUGCUUUCGAUAACACCAAUGCUCGUACGGUGAAGUGACGCCAUUUUACGGGAAUGACCAGCCCGCAGCUGCCUGUUAAUAGGCCUGAUGUAAGGAGUGCUUUAUUCAAACGGAUGCAUAAAAACAAAUCUCUCAUAUUGUACUCGUACUGGACGUACGAUUUCAGAGAAAACUAUGGAAGAUGGUAAUGACGCUAAUGUAAACAACAAAACGCUACACGGAUCGCAGUUUUCAAAUCUGUACACAGAGCGCCUCGGAAAAUUGACUUCGAAUGGUCACGACAUUCCCGCUGAGACGUCCAGCCCGACGAGUCUGUCGUACGAGCCCCGGCGAGCGCACGUCGACGCCGCCCAAGACGACAAAUGCAGACAACGUAUUAAUCCACUAAGAAUACACCUUGGCAAACGACCGUUUGUAGAGAAUUCAAUAUCUUACAACAGUGCAUCUAAAAGGAAGAAGCCAUAUGUGGCCAAGCACAAUGAUGCAAUACCCAAAAAUAAUGUUCCUCGGGUGCCUAAACUUAUACCAAAGCGUUCUGAACAUGGACAGUUUCAUAACCCCAAAUACAACAUGGAGAGUAUGUUGGAGAGCGAAAGAGACAAACCUGUACCUAGACUCGUGCCUAAAAGUCAUUUAUCACAAUAUAAAAAGGGUAAAAUUGAAAAAGAACCCCAGUUGAAAGAGUACGCUCAGAGUCUUGGAUUGCAGCCAAUGGUAAAGUUCAAAUGUCGCAAGUGUUGCUCUAUGUCAUUCAAAACUCUAGCCAUGUUGAGAGAACACCAGCUCAUUUGCAGAGCUCAACCCAAGGAGGUUAGCUUGAGUCCAGAAGCGACUUACACAGAAUCUAAAAAUACUAGUGGUCCGUCUCGAGUCACCAGGAAAGUUUACUUAUGUUCAGCGUGCGGCACCUACUAUGAAAAUUGGAAUUUGUUUCUUCACAUGAGGGAAGUGCACAACAGGCACAUCUGUUUGUUUUGCUUGGGAAUGUUUUCAAAAGCUGAGAAACUCUCCUCGCAUCUUACAAACAAACACAAUGUUCAAGAAUUCAAUUUUAACACAAAGGAGGAGUUCAGUCGUGUGCAUGAUGGAACAUUUUAUUUAAUGUGCUGUGCAUGUGAUGAAAUAUGUUGCGAAAAAGACGAUUAUUUUAAUCAUGACUGUAACAAUGUUAAACCUAAGCCUGUGCCUGUACUCGUGAGUAAAAGUUCAUUAAAACCAAAUAAACUUAAAAGUGUAAAACAAGACAAUGGAAAUGGAUUCGGUGUGAGGGGUUUCGUUCAAACUUUGUGUGAUAAAAAAGAUUUAGAUGAACCUAAACCGGAGGCUACAAUGCCAUCACAAGAUAUAUUUAGUAAUAAAAAUAUUAGCGAUAGUUUAAAUUGUGAUACAAGCAUGAGUUCGAUGAACUCAUCUGAAUCUAUCAAUAGGACAGCUAAUGAUUCAAUGGAUAAUAUUUAUGAAAAAGAUGAGGAUAACAAUGAGUCAAUUUCUGUACGUCCAAAGAACCAAGUACUGCAACCUGUGGCUCAGAAUUUAUCAAAUGGGGAUGAGCAUAAUGAACACGAUGAAGACAGUGAUUCACUCGAUCCCAGCAGGGAGCGGGUAUCCACUGCCAAACCAAAACUUAUUACUAAGUCACCGCAACUUCCCGUUGAAAAAGAGAAGGAAGUAGGCAUAAAGCUUAAACUCAGUUUAAAUAAUGCUAAUUCCCCUGUAAUAAUAAAUUCAACUGUAGAUCCUACUGUAGGUAAAAAUUAUGCACAAAAGCCCCCGUCUCGUAACAGAAGACCUCCGAAGAGAUACGAAAAGGACAAGCCAUUAGACAGCCAAGUCCCAGUAAAGCCACCUUCAAUAAAAAUGACAAUAUGUGACCGAGCAGACAGUCCAUUUGUCAAAACUACAAUUUUUGAGAAUAACAAAGAAACUAUUGUAAAGACGCUUAUAAAUAAUAAUAUAGAACCAACAUCUAUGAAGCCCAGUGAUAAAACAGAUAGCACAAUUAAAUCUACAAUAUAUGAUAAUAAAUUUGAGGAUGAAAAUACUUUGAAUAGGGUCCCAAAAUUGACUGUUCGGGUGCCCAAAGAGUUUUUAGAUAAAGAUUCAUCAAGUGAUGAUUCAUCUGAUAGUGAUGCAAGUGAAAAGUUAACUGUUGAUGAUAGAAAUAUUACUGUGGAACAUGAAAAUGAAGAAAUGGCAGCUGAAACUUCACUUCCUGAAACAUUACCAACAGCAUCAAAUGAGGGCCUAGAUGAGACAUCUACGAAAGAUAAUAUUGAACAGAACAUAGGCCAACCUGAGAUAACAGAGGAAGAAAUGAAACCCAAUGAAGCAGAAGUACUGACUAACGUAACUGAGAUACAGCCAAAAUGCGAGCAGCAAGAUAUUGAUGUAACUGGUGAUGUAAAUGUGGAGGAAACAGAGCCGGUAGAUGAGAUCCCAGUAACUGAAUUAACUCUAGAUAGACCUCUAGACAAAUAUCCAUUGAAGGAACUUUUAAAAGUGUUUCUUUCAUCGACAAUAUUUAAUUGCAUAUAUUGUAAUCACGGACGAGUAAUAGCAGUUAAUUGUGAGCAACUUGCCUUGCAUAUGGUGGCCCAGCAUCGAUUUUCAGCUACUGUUGACAGUAUAACAGCAGAAGAACUGAUGCCAGAAACCAUAACAGCUAAACUAAUGUCAGGUGCAGUAGAAUUGAAUGAUGUGUACAUAAAUUUGGAUUCCUAUGACAGUGAAUACAAGAGUGAGAAGAUGACCUUUAAUCAAUUAUUUGAAUGUUUUCAGUGUUAUUUCAAAACUGCUAUUCAUAAGGAGCUAUGUUUACAUAACCGUAAAAUGCACCAAAAAACAAUAUUGUUGUGUGUAAUGUGUAAAAACAACUUUUAUACUUAUAGUGAAUUAAUUUGCCAUUUAUGUCCUGGAACAUAUAAUUCCGAAUACGAAAUUAGGUAUAGAUGUUGCUUUUGUGCUGUAGAUACAAUUGCCUCGUCAUUUAGGUUGAUGGUACAUCUUAGAAAGAUACACCACACAUGUGAUGUUUGUUUAGAGUUUUGUCAAAGCCAGGCUCGAUUGUCCAAUCACGUUUGGAAACACAAAUUACAUCAUUUCUGUUAUCGUUGUGGUAUAGCAUAUAGAAAUAAACCAGAUAUAAAUAAUCACCUUUUUUGGAAACAUGGAACCGAGAGUGUGUCAUGUAAAAAAUGCCUUCAGAAGAAGUGGCCACAUGUCUAUCAUUUCUGUAACCCACCUGCAGUAUUUGUGUGUGAUGAAUGCACAUUACAAUUUUCAAGAGCUGUGUGUUUAAAGGUCCAUAAGAGAUUCCACUCUGAAGAAUAUCCCCAUUCCUGCACAGAAGAGGACUGUACCGAGAAAUUUGUAUCAAAGAAAUUACUAAAUAAACAUUUAGAAGAACAUAGAAAGAAACUUUUUACAGAAGAUUUAAAUGAAGAGAAACCAUCUCCUCCAGAGGCAUUAACUGAUGAACAAAAACAGCCUGUUGUUGAUUUAGUAGAUGAUAAACCUCAAGAUGAAAUAGAUAGUAAACCUGAAACAGCUGCUGAAGAAGUUUCGAAGAAGAGUAAAAAGAAAAAAAUGAAAGAAAAAGAUGCUUUAUUGUUAGAAGUAGAUCUGCCGGCUUUGAAUUUAUCUGAGAGUGACAGUAGUGAUGAAUCAGAUUCAGGCCAAGCUCCAACUCCUAAAAAUGAAAAAGUCGAUCCUACACUUAUGGAAAGUAAUGAAAAUGAAAUAAAAAGUGAAGUUAAUGAUGAAAAUAAAGUGGAAAUAAAACAAAUUGAAUCUGUUGAAAAUCCGUUACCAAAUAAAGAUAAAAUUGAACCAAAUGAAGAGAAACCCAGCGACCAAACUGUAUUAGAUAUAUGGGACAACUUUCAAAAGUAUCAGGCUAAGACAGAGAAACCAAGAGAGAAGACACCUCCAUUGGUACUCAUAAAAAAACAUGUUUGUGAAUCAGAUCAUGACUAUUGUCUUGUACCAACAGACAUGAAUGGUGAUGAUGCGGGCAUUGGAUCUGAUAAAAAGAAAAAUAAAAAAAUGAAGAAACGUUUUGAUGGCUUAUCAUCUUCGAGUAGCAGUAGCAGUGAUAGUGAUUCAAGUUGUUCUUGCGGUUCCAAUUGUAGCUGUUCAUCUAGUAGUGGCUCUUCAUCGUCCAGCUCGUCUGAUUCAGAUUCCUCUGAUGAAUCAGGAAAUGAAAAGAAAAAGAAUAGGCAGCACAAAAAAUCCUUAUCAAACAGAAGACUAAGUAAUGGUUCUAACGUAGAUGUUAUGGGAAUGUCUGAAACGCCUAUAUUAGCCCCCGAAAAAAUUGAGUCGCCGAUUGCAGAAACAGACCUAGAAACAGAUGAAAGUGAGACAGACGAAGAAUUUUAUGAUAAAAACCCACAAUUAAUUGCCAAUAAGUUAUACAAUGAGAAACGCAAUCAACUUUUGCUAUCAGAAGGCGGCUCAGUUUCAGGUAAUGCAAGUCGAUGUACAACACCUAUCAAAGAAGAGGGAAUUCAGCAUGCAUUAGAACCUAAUAUUCCUCCCUCUGAUUUACCAAAAGAGGAAAUAAAACCGGAAACAAGUAUUAAAGACAAAACAAGUAGUAGUAAAAAGAAGAGUAAAAAGAAGAAGAAAUCUAAAAGUUCGCGUAAACAUGGACCAAUAAAAAUAAACAUUCCCAAAGAUAUGAUUAGACCUGAGCCAGAGGUAAAGGAAUCACCACAACAGAUUCCAAAUAAAAUAACAAUAUCAUUGCAAAGCAAUACAGUUCAGGUUCCCGAACCUCCGCAACCUACAACAACUCAAGGUUUAGUGACGCCACUGCCUACCGCUCUAGAAAAGAAGAGGUCGUCGAAACGUAGAAGAGUUCCGAAUAAAUUUUAUGGAUAUUCAAGCGACGAAGAGAGUCCUAAUCCUGUAAUGUCGGCUUUAAAACCUACACUACCCCCAAAACUGGAAUGGCGAAAAGAAGAUUUACCUUCGCCAGUUACCCAUAAAAAUAAAAAGGAAACACCAUCAAUAGUACCACAGAAGUUGUUCAACUUCAAUGACUCAUUAAGGUUUUCUGCUCCACCAGCGCCAGAUCCUGAGCCGCCACGAAUUUUAAUGAACUCAGAAUCUUUAGAAUCCAGCGAUUCCGAUUCGAGUGACGAGGGAGCUUUACAAAUUCAUCAGCCUAGUUCAGUUCAAAAUUCUAUUCCUGUCCCACCACCCACGUAUUUGAAUUCGGGAACCUCUAGUUUGCCUUAUCCUUUCCAAAGGCCUGCUGUACGUCAGGCUCGCGAGGGUGAGAGCGUUUAUUGUUACUGUAGAUGUCCUUACGACGAAGUAUCUGAAAUGAUAGCAUGUGAUGCUGAAGGCUGUCCCAUUGAGUGGUUCCACUUUGAGUGCGUCGGUAUUAUGGUACCGCCUAAAGGCAAAUGGUACUGUCCCGAAUGUCGAAAAAAUCAAAGUUUCUCAGGUUACAGAUAAGUUAAUUUUUAUUUAAGUAUGUAUAUAUCUUUACUUGUAAUGAUAUUUGUAUAUAACUUAUUAAUGAGUGUAGAUAUUUAGCUUUACCUGUAUAUCUUUGUAGGUAGUUCGGAUAAGAUAGGAGAUUAGGUCUGAAAAAUGUAUCAUUGUUAUAAAAGUACACAUAAUGCUUGAUUCAGGUCUAGUGACCAUCUCUGUAACCUGGCAAAUUGUUGACAUUAUCAUAUAAAGCAAAAACAAUAUUAUAAAUCCAAUUUUUGAUACCA